AUGCCCUUUCGCAUACUGAACAAAGGCCCUGAAUACUUUCGGCGUCAGGCUGAGAAUGGAGCUCGGAAGCCCAGCGCGGUGGAAAGGCUGGAAGCUGACAAGGCGAAGUACGUGAAGAGCAAGCAAGUCGCCAGUACUAAGCAAGAGCCCAUAAGGCCGGUGCUGUCCAGACAGCCGCUUUUCUCCCCAGGUGUUCGGAGGGUGCUGCUUACUCCAAGUCGCAGGUGCUCCCCCGCUGCCCCCCGGGGGGAGAACAGAGCUCCUAAAAGUUCCUUGAAUCUGGAAAUAUUGAACAAUCUGAUUAAUAUCUGUGACAGCCCGCUGACCUCUCCGCGGGCGGACAAAGUUCCUUGGCAGGAACCGGAGAAGACGCAAAAUUCAUCCACCCCAAGCACCCCGGCCAGCUAUCGGACUCCCAACACGAUGGCAGUGCGCAGAGUGGAUGUUCGACCAGACAGCCCCCUCUGUUCACCCUCCAGCACCCCAAAUGACCCGGGCAAAAAACAAACCCUCUUGCAUCGUUCCAAGUCCGACCUGAGUGACCGCUACUCUCGAGCCAGUGCCGACCUCGAACGUUUCUUCAAUUACUGCGGACUGGACCCUGGCGAGGUUUCUAAUAUUGGGGCCGAGCACUUUGUCCGCGCCAGCUCCGACAUCGUGUCCCUUAAGUUCCACAGCGUCAGCGCCGAAAGUUCGGAGUACGCCCAGUCUCAGGUCAGCGUGGCUACCCCCGAGGAGACGCCGGCUUCCACGCGUAUUCCGUACGGGAUCUCCAUCAUCGAGCGGAACGCCAGGGUCAUCAAAUGGCUGUACGGACUGCGUCAAGCCAGAGAGGCCCAGAAGUCCUCCACGUAG